AUGUCACCACAUGUCAAUACCCCAGUCGUCGCUGAGGUUGUUGAUACAUCAGCGCCAUCGGUGAUCGAACCCGUCGAGGCCUCGAAUGUCAAAGCCGCUGCAUUGAAAGUGUUUAAUGACUGGGAAACAUCCAGGCAAGAAUUUCAAACUGGAGCAAUCUAUGAGAAUUUGCUUCCAUAUUACUAUGUUCGUAAAUACGAUGAUCCGGCUGUGUUUCUGAAUGUAGUGUUUGCUGAUAAGCCUCUGUUUCAUAUGUGCAAGUUGCAAGAUCAUCAGCAAUUACUUUACUUCAUCAAGAACAUCAUCAACCCGGACUUUGAAUUCAUUAAGCUUGACUACAUCUACAUUGGAUUCCGCAAUGAGAGCAUUCAGGUUCGAACAUACAUUGACUCAGAGUUUGAGCUUAAUACUGACUAUGCUCAGCUACUUGAUCAAUAUCUCCAGUUCCAAUUCGAUGACGAGACUAUUGAAUUUAUCUAUUUCAUGAUUGGUCGCCUAAUGACUGCUGAAUGGCAAAUUUGA